AUGCAUUUCCUAUGUCUUCACGGUGCCAUUGGCAACACCGAUAAUAUCACCAUUCAGCUAGCGCCACUCCAGAAAGACUUGGGCGAAGACGCAACUUUUCACUACAUCAACGGACCCCUAUCCUUCAUCCCUCCGCCAGGAUUUGAGGAAUACUUCGGAGUCGGACCGCAUUACAGGUGGGCUGACGAUGGCCAAGCACCAGAAGAUUCCUGGAUUAUGCGCAUUCGCGGCAAUGCAGCUCCCAGCGAAGAUGCAAACAACGAAGAUGCGAUGAGAGAGCUACUCGGAGAAGGCUCGUGCAAGAACCACCCAGAGCUCAUGAAAUACAUCUACGACGCAUUAGAGAAAACCCCUCAAAUCGGUGGAAUUAUCGCAUACAGCGAAGGUGCCAUGGCAGCUUCCACUUUCAUUCUGGAUGAAGCCCGCCGGCAGCAAGAGGAAGGUCGAGAGCGCCAGAUCAAAUGCGCCAUGUUCGUCGGCGGCUGGCCGGCCAUGAAACCAAACGCCGGGUUUAUUCUGGCAGACGACGGGGGAGACGAAAUGAUCGACAUUCCCACCCUCCAUGUUGUGGGUGCAAAUGAUCCCUUCCGAUACGGCUCCGAGGCCCUUUACGAUAUCUGUGAUCCUGACACUGCCGAGUAUUUUGAUAUGGGCAAAGGGCAUGUCAUCCCCCGCUCGGGGUUAGUGAUCGGAGAAUUGAGCAACGCCCUUCGGGAAUUGGUCAAGAAGACGGAACCUGAGGAGUAA